AUGCGGGCUGUUAAGAUAUUGACAUGGAGCUCCUCAUCUUUCCACUUGGCCGCUGCUCUGUUCCACCACACAAAAUUGAUCCCGGUACCUUUCCGGUGCAUGCGUGCGGUGUCCGACCUAGAUGUGCUCGUAGGUCCAGCGAAACCGUCGGACACACAGCCCUCGGCGUGGCAUGCCCACCCUAGCAUCCGAAAAGUUAUCAUGUCUCUUUGGGGCCUCGUUGCAGCAUAUGCUGGGUGGGCUACGCUGGCCAUUGACCAUUUUUCUAAUGCGGUGAUCUACGGGAUGCCGCUUUCUGGGAAUGGACCAUGGUGGAUUUUGUGCCUUGCCAAUGUGGCAGGUUUCCAGGGACCGUUGACAUUUGGGCUGCAUUGCUCGGAGCUCAUCGUGGAUGUCAUUCGGGAUGAAAGACAUUGGAGAUGCGCUAGUGGAACAAAAGGACUUAAGGUCAGCGACGAACCCGUUGAAUUUAUCGCACUCAGCUUUUGGUCAAUGUUCUUGAACGACAUUAUGUACGAUAUAGAUUGGAUGUUUGGGCUUGCAUUCAAAUCGCAAACCGGUACCUAUGCACAGACACUCGGAGUCGCAUUCUAUAUGCACACAAUCCAGAUCUGGAACUUGUGCAUAGCAUUAUUCGUAUUUGCCUGUUUCUUUACUCUUGUCUCAUUACGCCAACCGCACGGCCCCCAGCCAGCUGCAUAUGGCCACCUCCAGACACUCGCAAACCUCGUGGAUGAGUGGUCGCCUGUGAUGUGGUGGGGUCACAAGGAGGACGAAAUUCCGUACUGUCACGCUGGUAGAGUGUUUGUAUGA